UUGGCCGUUACAGAGCCGGAACCAUUCGGUCCGAUAUUGUUAGACCUCCGUGUUUCUUGCAACAUGGUUGUGCCUGCUGGAAGAUCUGUGGUCUUCGUGACUGGAAAUGCGAAAAAGCUUGAAGAGGUCAUUCAGAUACUAGGAGACAGGUUUCCUUACAAACUGGUGUCAAAAAAGAUUGACUUGCCUGAAUACCAAGGAGAGCCAGAUGAGAUUUCCAUACAUAAGUGUAAGGAGGCUGCAAGGCAGGUUGAGGGGCCUGUCAUAGUGGAGGACACCUGUCUAUGUUUCAAGGCUUUGGGAGGCCUGCCUGGUCCUUACAUAAAAUGGUUCCUGGAUAAACUCAAGCCAGAAGGCUUGUACAAACUCCUAGCUGGAUUUGAAGAUAAAUCAGCAUGGGCUCUCUGUACUUUUGCUUUCUCUGCUGGGAAAGGUGAACCAGUGCAGCUCUUCAGAGGGAUAACAGAGGGACAGAUUGUUGAACCAAGGGGUUCUCGAGACUUUGGAUGGGAUCCCUGUUUUCAGCCAGAGGGAUAUGACAAAACCUAUGCUGAACUUCCCAAAGAGGUGAAGAACACUAUCUCUCACCGCUACCGGGCGCUUGCUGCCAUGACUGAGCACUUCUCCCAAACCAACAAUACCUCACCCGAGAGCAAGAAGAAGAAGCCUCAGGAUUAAAAAGUAAUUUAAAGCCAUCUACAGGUUAAGAAAAAUGUAACAAACCUCAAGUCAUUGUAUAUGACAUUGUAGAGGAAAUUUAUUAAUACUCAUUGUUAAUAAACGUCAUUUUUAUACAAA